AUGAUUUCUGGGUUGCCAAGAGAGCUUGUUUUUCUGAUACUUCAGUUCCUAGAUGAAGAGAAUUUCAAGGAAACACUACACAGGUUGGAAUCGGAGUCUGGAUUAUUCUGUAAUAUCAAGUAUGUUGAAGAGCUUGUUACUAAAGGAGAUUGGGAUGAGUUGGAGAAGUAUUUGUCUCCUUUCGUACAAGUUGAUGAUAAUCGUUUUUCAGUGAAGAUCUUAUUUGAGAUUCGUAAACAGAAAUACUUAGAAGCUCUAGACACAAAGGAUCGCGCUAAGGCUGUGGAGAUUCUAAACAAAGACCUGAAAGUUUUCAAAACCUUCAAUGAAGAUCUGUUCAAGGAGAUGACACUUCUUCUCACUAUGGGGAAUUUUAGGGAGAAUCCACAGCUUUCUAAGUACACAGAUACAAAAACCGCAAGAGCUGUAUUGGUUCAUGAGCUCAAGAAGCUGAUUGAAACAAACCCACAUUUGAAAGAUAAGUGUCAAUUUCCUGCUUUCAAGAACUCAAGGUUGCGUUUAUUAGUCAAUCAGAGCCUAAACUGGCAACAUCAACUUUGCAAGAACCCGAAAUCCAAUCCUGAUAUCAAAACUCUCUUUGUUGAUCAUGUUUGUGGACAACAAACAAAUGUUGCUCAAGCUAAUUCAUCUCACGUGACUAAUGAGAUUGUGAAUUCCGUGCUUAGAACAAGUGCUUUUCAAACGCCAUUGAAACAAGAAGCAGCACCAUUUCUUGGACAAGGAAUAGUCAACACAUCAUCUUUGACUCACCAACCUGUUUCUUCAAGGGCUCUUCUUCUUGCUGCUAACAUUUCAGAUUCUGAGCACACCUUGAAGAGAGCAAGUCCUUUUGGGAUAUCAGAGGAGAACAAUAAUCUUGCCACAUCAUCAGGCACACGUCCUGGUCAAUCCCAUGUGUACGGCUUACGUCAUCAUGACGACUUACCCAAGACUGUUAUUUUGACUAUAAAUCAAGGUUCAGAUGUGAGCACCAUGGAUUUUCACCCCGAGUACCCCACUGUGCUUCUAGGUAGUUCUUCAUAUAUAACUCAGGCUUCUUUGAUCAAUGAUCCAGUCAUCGUCAACCGUGUUACAUGGAGUCCAGAUGGCCUUUUUUUGGGUGUCGCGUAUUCCAAGCACAUUGUACACGUGUACUCAUAUCGUGCUGGUGAUGAGUUACGAGAUCACCUUGAGAUCGAGGCUCAUGUUGGCAAUGUUAAUGAUAUUGUGUUCACCAUUCAAAACCAGAAGUUAUCCUUUAUUACUUGUGGAGAUGAUAAGAUGAUUAAGGUGUGGGAUGCUGCAACAGGUGUCAACGAACACACCUUUGAAGGUCAUGAUGCACCCGUCUAUUCUGUAUGCCCACAUCGUAAGGAACACAUUCAGUUUAUCUUUUCAACAUCUAUUGAUGGAAAGAUCAAGGCAUGGUUAUAUGAUGAUAUUGGUGCAAGGCUAGAUUAUGAUGCACCAGGUUACACUUGUACAAGAAUGGCAUAUAGCAAAGAUGGGUUGAGGCUUUUCACUUGUGGUUUUAGCAAAGACAGGGAAUCAUACCUUGUCGAAUGGAACGACAGUGAAGGUACUGUGAAACGAACAUAUUAUGGUCUCGGGAAACAAUUUGCGGGUGUUGUGCAAUUUGACACAACCAAGAAAUUAUUAGCAGCUGGAGAUGAAUUUUCUAUUAAAUUCUGGGACAUGGAUAAUAAACAUCUUUUGACUUCUACAAAUGCUGAGGGUGGAUUACCGGCGUCACCGUGUAUUCGGUUCAACAAAGGUGGAAUACUUUUGGCUGUAUCAACUUCUGAAAAGGGUAUAAAAAUACUUGGGAAUACAGAAGGUGCUCGGAUUAUAAGAUCCAAUGAUGAUCGCCGGAAAAUGCCAGGUGUCAGAUCUAGAAACCCUGAUGAUAUGGAAGUUUCCGGUGUUUGGAAGCCAAAAGAAAUCACUGAACCUUCACAACUUCGUUCCAUGAGGCUUCCUGAUAAUAUGUUGUCAGUUCGAAUUUUAAAACUUAUGUAUGCAAACUCUGGGACUUCCAUACUUGCACUUGCUUAUAACGCUGUACACAAACUAUGGAAAUGGGAAACGAACAACCAAAACAUAGCGGGAACUGCAACCACUAGUGCCCUACCACAUCUAUGGCAACCAUCUAGUGGAAUUCUAAUGACAAAUGAUAUUAGAGAUGCAAAUCUUGAUGAUACGAUUUCUUGUCUCGCUCUUUCAAAGAACAGCUCAUAUGUUUUAUCAGCAUCAGGUGGAAAAGUAUCCUUGUUUAAUCUCACAACAUUUAAGACUAUGACAAGAUUCGGGCGCCCACCACCAUCAACAACAUGUAUUGUUUUUAAUCCACAUGACAACAACAUUAUCGCAAUUGGAAUGUCGGAUGCUUCAAUUCACAUCUACAAUGUUCGUGUUGACAAGCUCUUGGAAAAGCUAACGGGUCACGAGAAUAGUGUAACUGGGCUUGCAUUCUCUAUGGAUAAAAACAUUCUAAUCUCAUCAGGAUCUGAUGCUCAAUUAUGCGUUUGGAAAACCGAUACUUGGGAGAGACAUACAAACAAAUUCUUACAAACUCCUCCUGGAAGAACAACAAAUCCCUAUUCAGAAACCCGAGUACAGUUUAACCCUGAGCAGACACGUGUCCUGGUUAUUCACGAAACACAAAUCGUCAUUUCUGACCCAAUCAAACUCGACUUUUUGAUGCAGUGGAUUCCGCGACAUGGAAGUGGAGCAAUUACGGAUGCGGUGUAUUCAUGUGAUGGGAAAUCGAUAUUUGUUACCAUUGAAGAUGGGAGUGUGAAUGUUCUGAAUGCAAAGUACUUGAGGCUGAAAUGUCGCAUUAGCCCUUCAUCAUAUAUACCAACUACCUCAAGGGUGUGUCCACAUGCGAUUGCUGCUCACCCAUUUGACCCGAAUCAAGUUGCAAUGGGGCUUUCAGAUGGCGGAGUUUAUGUUAUUGAGCCUCUAGAGUCGGAUAAAAAGUGGGGGAGUGACCCGGAUGUCAGUUUGGGAUUAAUGAGUUAAUUAUGAAGAAUAAAGAAUAGUUUGAGUGUUGGUUUAUGUUUUUGGAAGGUAAAACUGUUUGUCUUAGUUUGUGUUGGAUGUUUUUCAGUAUGGUGUAAUAACCGGAUAAUGUGUUAGGAUUUUAUCUGUGGUUUUAUGUUUUGUGUUUAAGUG